AUGGAUGGGCAAGGGAAUCGUGCAAAUCAAGCUGCGCAGGAUCUUCAUGCUCUUGGGCCCACAUUUCAGCAACAUUCUUCCGCCAGCUCGGCUCUUCCUCCUCCCCCUCCUCAUUCUCACCACGUCCCAUUUUCUCGACCACUAAGUAUUUCUCAACAUGGAAAUCCAUCAUUUCAUCCUACUCCAGGUGCUUCUCCAUAUCAGCAUGGCCUGCCAGGUUUUCCUCAUCAAGGCCUGCCAGGCCCCGUUGCAUCGAGUGGAAUGAUUGCAGCCCAGGUCGUUCAACCAUCUGGGCGUGGGCAUGCUUUGGAAAGAGGCCAUUACAAUCAACUACCAUCCCAUGCUCCGUUACCUGGGCCACCCCCCUUGCCGCUUUAUCCAUCUACUUCUAGUUCUAGUUCUUUGGUUUCUAAUCCAUUUGGAUUUUCUGGAAAUUGGAAAACUACACAAUUAGUGGGCCCAUUGCCACCUCCACCUUCUCUUCCGCCACCACUUUCUUUGCAUAUGUCAAAUCGCACCUGCAAGAAUGAAGGAAGCCACAGCUCGAAGGAUUUAUUAGAUGGAAAUAGUUUGAUGUUGGAGCAUCCGCCUCAAGCUGAGCCAGCUGCAGAUAGACAUGUACAACAAACUGGAGUUCUCUGUCAGAACACUGAAAACGUUGGACCUAAAGUGGAAUCAAUGGAUAUGGUUGUUUCUCAUUCACCCUCUAGUUCUGAUAUGGAAAUGGAAGAUGAUAUCACUCAUCCUGAGGAGGAGAAAAAGGAUUUCCUGUCUAUUUCCGAUGGUGGAUGCUCUUCAGUAUCUCAAGAAGAUGUUAAUAAGAAAGUACAAAUUUCGCAGCAUACUGGAGAACAUGACAUUCCUGAAGAUACUGUUGGUUUGAAUUCGUUUGCCGAGUCCUCCGUAUUGAAGGACCAAAGAAGAGGCUCUGACGUGGUGUCACAUUCUGUAGCUGAUGAAUCAGGCAUGAAAAAAUGUGGACAACCUGAACUGCUAUUGGAGGCCAGUGUUGAAGAAUCUUCUUCUCAGCAUAAAAAUUCUGGCCAGUCCUCUGUGCCAGUAUUCUUUGGAGAAACUGGAAACAGGAAGCUUUCCAGUCAGCUGGUGGAAGGUACAAAUUCUUUCAAUCUCUUAAAGGGUUACGCAUCUGACGAAAAUCCAGAAAAUGAGGGCAAAAAUCAUCUAGGAGAUGUUAAAUCUCCAGCUCAUCAAUGUGGACCCACAAAUACUGAUGCUAGUGAGCCUUGUAAGUUUGAAUCAAAAGUUGGAGUCGAGAGCUUGUCAGAGCCCAAUAAGCGUGCACCUCUCAUAUCUGUGAUUGAACGGCCAAGUAACAUUAUAGAAGCUGCUAAAUUAUCUUGUCCAGCUGGGUUAGCUGGAUCUUCUGAUGAAAAAUAUGGUGGUAAAAAAACUGUUACAACUUCUGCAGCCCUCGAAUCAAAAGAGCGUUUCAGAAGUUACAAUGUUUCUAUUAGUCCUGAUGGGGCCAAAACUCGCAAACAAGGCCUGAAGAGCAAUCAUACUGGAUCAGAAGUAGAUGAGUUUGGAAGAUUGGUAAAGGAAGGUGUCGGUGACAGUGACACAAGCGACUCACCUCGUUAUUCACGGAGCCAUGCAAGAAGAGCCAGAAGGAGGAGUAGCAGUAGAAGCAGAAGUCGGUCUCCUCAUGACAGGAACAGGAGGAGUAGCAGUAGAAGCAGAAGUCGGUCUCCCCAUGACAGGAGGAGAAGGAGGAGUAGCAGUAGAAGCAGAAGUCGGUCUCCCCAUGACAGGAGGAGAAGGAGGAGUAGCAGUAGAAGCAGAAGUCGGUCUCCUCAUGACAGGAGGAGAAGGAGGAGUAGCAGUAGAAGCAGAAGUCGGUCUCCUCAUGAUAGCAGGAGAAGGAGAAGUCCGUGGAGUAGAGGGAGGCGUGACCGAUCUCGCAGCUUGUCGUGGUCGCCAAGGAGACGAAGAAGUCGGAGCAGGACUCCUGUUUUGAGGCGUGAUACUGAGCGCAGUGGAGAUAAGUACAAACGAGAGAAGACCACCCAACUUCCGGAGAAGUGCUUUGAUUUUCUUCGAGGAAGAUGUUAUCGUGGUGCCAGUUGUCGGUUUUCACACAGCGAGACGAACAAGAGUGAGAGGUCAAGAAACAACAGGGGCAAACACCUCCAUGACAAAGAAUCUAAGGUUCCUCAAGAUAUGCCUGGUCUGAGGAAAGACAGAGAUGCAAAACAAAUGCCUAUUGAGUCGAGUACCCGUUCACCUGAUAAAUUGAACAAUUUGCUUUCGGGUUCUCUCUCAGUUGGUGAUGUUGUAGCAAGUAAUCUUCCAGGAUAUUCCUCAUAUGACAUUGCCUCAGGAAUAGAAUAUUCAGCAAAACACCCUGAUAAGGUGCCUCUAACUGUUGAUCUACAAGGCAAGAUACUUUGUGAUUCCAUCACCAAAAUCUCAGAAUCUUCUGCACUUGUGCAAGCAUCAUCAGCCCAUAAUCCUGCUGAUAAACCUGAUGCAAAUAAGGGUCCCAUUAAUCAGCUGCUCUCCGUUGAGAGUCCCUUAAUAAAAACGUUCUCGACUGAAGUCCAGGCUCAGUCUUUGAAAGAGUUGCCAACAUCAAUUCCUUCCCAAUCUACUCUUCCUUUGCCUCCAGUCUCCCAGGCGACAAGUGCCCCAUUUGGUCAAAAUUACAACUUAAUGCAAGCUACUGCACAGUUUCCUUCGACUCUGGGAAACCAGACUCCUUAUCGAGCACCAGUAACUAACCAACAUCGUCACUUUCCUAGGCCAUCAAACUCUUUACCAAACCCCUUUAUUCCUCCUCCUCCACGUCCACUCCCACCACAUUAUUUUUCUACCAAUGCAACAUAUGGAGAAAACGGCAACCUUCUACAACAUACCCAACAGCCUUUGCAGCAGCCAUGGACCAGUCUGCCUUCUUAUGCAUCUACAAUGGCCCAGACAACCGAGGUGCCUAAUCAGACCCAUUUUAAUCAGUAUCAGGCAUACCCAUUGCCUCUGGAGUCUAAUCAAAUGUUGCAUGUCACUGAAAGUAUUUCAUCCAGUGGUUUGCAUGUGAACAACUUAUCGGGUCUGCCUGUCGGUCCUCCUGUAACAGGCGACCGUGUUACAGGAUAUCCAAUGCAAGGUACAAAUCCUUCACAAUCAUUUUCUGGGGCUCAACCUUAUUCCUUAACGAUGAAUCAGCCAUCGUAUGCACAUAACUUCAUGGGUUCCGGAAUCUCGAAUCAUUUCAAUCCUUAUGGAUCUACUUCUGAUCUGCCACUGGGCUCUAAACUUGAGUCGAAUGCUUCCAUCCAAGAAAAUGGAACAACCAUCACUACUAAUUAUGGUGCCCCGGUCGGUUCAAGCUCAGCCCCUGGGCGUACGAGUAUUGUCUCUAAAGAUAUGGUUUCCACAUCAAGCAAGCUGCCGGAUGAAAGUGUUUUACCGAGGCCAGGUGGUGAUCAAUAUGAUCCAUUGUUUGAUAGCAUCGAGCCAGUUUCGACAGCAUUUUGUGGAGAUGAUCAUAAGAAACACAAAGCGUCUGAUGGUUUUGAUAAUAUGCCAAAAUUCGAUGGAUCUGAAAGGGUGCUAAACACCGAAAUUAUCAAGCAGGAAGUGGGGAUAACUUUAUCAGCAAAUGAUUUUAUAGAAAAUGAGGAAUUUGGAGAGACAGCUGAUGUUGAGGUAGGUGAUGUCUUAAGUGGGAGCCUGAGUACUCCUAAUGACGGGAUCAACGAAAAUACUGUUGCAUUUGGGACUGAUCAGGUUGAAACUUCUAAGAAAAAGAUGAAGGGAAAGGAUUCUAUGAAGCUUUUUAAGAAUUCUAUCGCGAGUUUUGUGAAGGAAGUUUUAAAGCCAUCAUGGCGCCAGGGUAAUAUGAGCAAGGAAGCGUUUAAAACAAUUGUCAAGAAAACUGUUGAUAAAGUUUCUGGAGCUAUGAAGGGUCACCGUAUACCUAAAUCCCAGGCAAAUAUAAAUCACUAUAUUGAUUCGUCACGUGGAAAAUUAACUAAGCUCGUCAUGGGAUAUGUCGACAAGUAUGUGAAGGACCCUCUUCUAAAUGUUCUUGUUCUUGGCGGGCGGAGCAAUAGGGGGAGCCUAAGAUCCAAACCCAUAAUGAAUGAGAUGGACCCGAAUCAAGUGUAA